UUGAAUUUGCACUUUCAUUUCAUAGAAGGGAAAGGCUUAAAGUUACAACAGAUGAUUAUGAAGAUGUUCAGGUUCUACUGAACUGCUCUAUAUAUGGGUUAGUUCUUGAACUUAGUGUAGGUUUAUCUUUGGUGAGAAGGAUGUCUUUGUCGACGCCGGUUUUACACACCAUUAACCGAAUAGUGGAGGAGCUCACUCCAGAGGAAUGUAAGCGUUUGUCCUACCUGUGUGGAGAGCUUCGCACUGAGCGCUGCAACAACAACGUCAAGGAAAUGCUCCAGUCUUGUUUGGUGCACGCGAAUCCAGCCUUUCUGAUUGAGCUGAUGCUCAGGAUGCGGCGAUAUGAUUUACUCUCCAGGGUGUUAGGAGUCAGUAAAACCGAGGCUGAGCGGCGUAUGAAAAACAGCCAUGCUCUCUCAGGAUACAGGGUACUGAUGGCUGAAUUGAGCGAGGAUGUUGGAACAGACGAUUUGAAGUCAUUAGUUUUCCUGCUCAGAGGCACCCUGCCCAAAGAAAAAUUGGAAAACUUUGAGUGCUUCCUGGAUGUGGUCGUGGAAUUAGAGAAGUUGGAUCAGAUCAGCAGCACCAGGAUGGACAUGAUGGUGGAUUACCUGAGAGCUAUCCGCCGUGCCGACCUGGCCAAGAGACUCAGCCAGUACCAGGGAAAAGCUGAAACACAAAGACCUGCCACGAUAAAGUUGAGAGAAGAAAGGCGAGCUUGUCAAGCUGCAUCGCCUCAAACUUCAACAGCAUCCUGUAGUGCCAGGAAGCACACCACACCCUGUGGUAAGUUUGUUAACCCUACAGCACCGCAGUUUGUCUCACCCAGCAAACCACGUGAGCGUCAGGAGGAUGUGUACAGGAUGCAGAGCGAGCCCCGGGGAGUGUGUGUGAUCAUAGACUGCGUGGGUACUGAAGGAGAGAAUCUUAAAAAAAUAUUUUCGAGCCUUCACUUCCAUGUGAGCCUUCACAUGCUACUAAAUGUCAGAGAAGUCUUUUCCUGCUUGGAGCAAAUCUCCAGACAGAGCGAUCAUUACAGCUCAGACGCCUUUAUCUGCUGCAUCAUCAGCCGGUCCCACUCAUCCCAGCUGCUCGGCACUGACUCGCACGGCCUGGGACUCGACCUGAACAUUGUCCGUCAAUUAUUUAUGCCUAACUCCUGCCCAGGACUGACUGGAAAGCCCAAACUCUUCUUUAUCCAAGGCUAUGACAUCUCCCGGUCAUCAAAUUCUAUAAGGUUCUCUGAUAACGAGGACGGAGAGCUGGAGACGGAUAGCCCUCUCCAAUGUCGCGUCAUAGUGGAAGAUGUGCCGGGGGACGCAGACGUCUUCUGGAGUCACUGCUGGACCAAUGGAAAGCAGCUUGAGGAUGUCAACCAUCAUUCUGUGUAUUUACAGUCCCUGAAAGAGGCCUUAGUUGAUGGACAGAAGAGGAGAUUUCACGUGGUGGAUCUUCACAUGGCAGUGAAUCGAGCAGUAUAUGCUCAUAACAACAUCCGUCCAGCAUCAGCGUAUCACAUCAACCUCAGACACACGCUACGGAAAAGCGUCUAUCUCUCAUAAGUCUCGUAUACACUGAGCCUAAAAGAGUUCAGCUUUUUUUUAAUUGACCAUAAAAAAACAGAUUGAAUUGUGUUCAACACAGAUUAUACUGUAAUUGUAUCAAUUAGGGUGUAAGCUAGUUAACCAGUCAACUUGCAUCAUGAAGAAUGACCCACACUGUGUUUUUCACAGUGACAAGCAAGGCAGCAAGCAUGUUGUUGUGCAUAUGUUGUGUUUUUGUUUUAUGUCCACAAGAGGGCAGUGUUGGCCUUAUAUUUAAUUUUAACUUUGAAGGCAUUACUUUUGAAGUUGUUUCUAAACAUUUCAACUAAUUACUGGCAGCUUAUGUUAUUAUUUUUGUUGUAUUCACAUUAGUCAAUUGUUCAUUUUUGACAAUUAUUUUCUACAUUUUAUUUAUUUAUUUAUUAUUUUCAUACAAAAAUACCUAUGUGGUCAAAUAUUACAUUCAUUUUAUAUUUAAUUAAAAAAAGAUUUAUAUAAAAAAAAAAA